AUGUAUUACUCCCUCCAGAUGAUGAACGUACGAGAGGUUUUCUUCGGCGGCAAGAACAACGGUUCUACAGUUUGGGCUAUUGUGGCCCAAGAAGAGGGAUUUGGCAAUUCUUUCCGAAGGCCGGUCGAUUCAAUGUUUUGGAAUCAGCCAACUUUGUGA